GUUUAGUAAAUUACCUAUCCGAUGCUAUUUCUAUUUGGUUUAUAUAAAAUUUAACAAUUCCCUUUUACUUCUAUUUUCAUGUUUUCAAAUACAUAAUGUUCUUUCACUUCUGAAUUUACGAAAGCAGUACACGUAAAAAUGCUCAGCAGAUUCUCCGACGUGCUGCAAACUGCUGCCGAUGUCUUGGCACCUCCAGCAACGAGACUCGAAGACUUUGAGUACCAUUGGAAGAUGAUACUUAACUUCUAUGAGCGGUUUGAUGAUAAUUGUAAAAUUCACAUUGAAGAUACUAAGAUACCUCAUCAUCUGCAUCAGAUGCUACAGCUCAUUGUUGAUGAAGAAAAAGAACAACAAGGUGGCACGGUCGGUCCAUGCCUGGAAGCCAUAGUUCAGCGGUCCAUAUGCCUGUUAGAUGCAUUGACUGCGCUCGCGGCGGCCGACCGACCGCCCGGCGCGAGGUCAUUGGCCCUAACAGCUGCUACGGCACUGCUGAGGAGAACUAAACAGCCUUGCGUCAAUAGCGUUCAUAUUUAUCGUCCCUUACAGCGUAUGCUAGUCCAGUGCAACGAAAGCCCGGCGUCGCCUACAGAGAAAGAAGAAGUCGAAUUGCUGCUGACUCUGUGCGGUUUGGUCCGCAAGGAGCCAGGCCUUGCCAACAUCUUCACGACACCGUUCGUGGAAGACAAAACCUCGUUACUAACUGUACCGGAGGACAUUCAGAAACUGAUACCACUGAAGAAAGUGCACACGCCAAGAAAGAAUCCUUUGUUCGUGGAUCUGACCCAGAAUCAGCUACCGAACGUGUCCAUAAUCAGGACCUACGACAGGGACGAUAGCAGUAACGGCGCCGAGUCCUUGGCAGAUGACGUGUCCUGCAAGAGUCAGAAGACAUUGUACGAUGAAAAUGACAAGUUUUUGUUAAUAGAUUUGCUGCUUUCGUAUUUGGACAGCGCUGAUAACCAAGUAGUACUGAGAGCCUGCGAGGGGAUAAUGAUAGUGUCGUCGCUGCCGGAGGAGGACAUCGCCAACCUGGUGACGAGCUGCAGCCCGGCCUGCGAGACCAUCGUGGACAAGCUCGCGGCCAGGUACCGCCGCAUCCCGCCCACCGUCGACCCCAACGACGUCGACCAGCUCAACAUCACCUGGGCAUACGUAGCACAAGACUUCGGUGACAAGUCUUAUUCCAAGUUCCACGGCUACAGAGAACUGACUACAUUUUUCUCGUGGCUGGAUUAUUGCGAUACACUCAUGAAGGAAUGUCACCAGAGCAUAGCGUCGCACCUGUCGAGGACGUUCCGACAGAACUUUCUGGAGGGCACGGCGGAGGCCGGGGUCACCGACCUGCGCCUCGCCGUGCUGGCCACCGCCGUGCUCAGCAAGUGUCUCAAGGUCGUCGACUCCACUGACCUCAUUAACGAGUUCUCCAACUGGCUGGUGGGGGACGGCGAGGUGGCGGAGUGGCCUCUACUGCAUACCCUCAUCUCGAACUGCCUCUCGGACAAUUACGAUCUGGCAUUAGAAACGUUAAGGUUCUUUGAGAGUAUAAUAGAGAAGGGCACAGAGCACAGUAUGGAGCGGCUGGUGCUGUCCCGGGUGGGGACGCGCGGGUACUGCCGGGAGCCGGGGGGCGGGGGGGCCGCGGCGGGGGGCGGGGUGCCGGCAGCGGGGGGCGACGACACCGACCGAGACCGACUCAACGACCUCCCACUAUGGAGAGAGAGGGAAACGAACAGGGAGGCAAUGAAGCAGCUACAACACGAGGAACACGUGAGUGAGCAAAUCAACGACAUCCUCUCACACGAGGGGCUCGACCUCGGCGGACACGCGGGCGCCGCCGAAAACAUACACACCAUCGUCAACAGUUACCUGCUGUUGCUCCCGCGCGCCCUCCUCUCCGACCCGGUGGGCUCCGACUACGAACAUUACAUACACGACGCCCAUAGACACUAUCAGUAUUGGUUGGACAUAACCUCUACGUUCGAUUGGCCAGUGGGCCUCACCGGAAAUGACAACACGGCCAGCUCGACUCACAGCUACGACAGUCGACCGGAAGCCGACAUACACAUACACGACGCGUAUUACAACAAUAACAACAACAGCGAACAGAACUUAGACAAGCAACACAACACAAAGAAAGAAACGAAAAGAUAUGAAAAUGAUGAGUUCGACGAGGGGCCCUUCUUAAGGAUGCUGUUUAAACUGCUCUCGAAUAUGCCCUACCAACCUUACCAAGUGAAUUUGCAUCUGACGUCGAUUAUCUCGAAGUUGGCACUCCUUCCGCAUCCGUUCCUUCACGAGUACCUGCUCAACCCCACGUUGCCUGUCGCCAAGAGCACCCCGACGCUGUUCAAGACUAUGCAAGAGCUAGCCAAAAAACUGACCACGGAGAUCCCGAGGAUAAAGCAUUACAAGAAGGUGGUGGAGAGCACGAGGCUCCAGCUCAUGAGCGAAGAUCCCAGUUACGAUGAGGUCGGCGAGCACAACCAACUGGUGGAGAGUCUCAUCGUGUUGGAAGAGUUCUGCAAGGAGCUCGCCGCCAUCGCCUUCGUCAAGUAUCAGCACUCCCUCCACGCUCACGGGUAGCCGGACGCCUCCGCCCCCGCCCCCAACGCCCCCCACCCCCCCAACGUCGCCACCAGCCCCCCAACCCCGCCCCUCAGCGACGCCCCCCGCGCUUUGUUUGUAGCAAGUCAGUUCCCAUCGUACGAACAUAAUCCUUUUGAUAAAAGGCUCGUUAGUUCCUCCUCGUGGUU